AUGCUUAAUUUAUCUUGAUUGCAGAUCCAGUCUCCCAGCCCCAGCUGCCCCACCCCACCGCUGUUCCUGCCCUCAGAUCCUCCACUUGCCUGGCUCCUGGCAAAGACCUGGGUCCGAAGUUCAGAUUUCCAUCUACAUGAGCUCCAAUAUCAUUUGCUGAACACUCACUUACUGGCUGAGGUCUUUGCUGUGGCCACCAUGAGGUGCCUCCCAGGACUGCACCCUGUCUUCAAGCUCCUGAUACCACACACAUGCUACACCAUGGACAUCAACACCAGAGCACGGAACCAACUCAUCUCAGAUGGAGGUGUGUUUGAUAAGGUAGUGAGCACAGGUGGAGGAGGCCAUGUGCAGUUGAUUCGUCGGGGUGUGAUUCAGCUGACCUACCGCUCCCUCUGUCCUCCUGAAGAUCUGGCUGACCGGGGCCUGUUGGGAAUCCCAAGUGCCUUCUAUGCCCAUGAUGCUUUACGACUCUGGGAGAUCAUUGCUCGGUACGUGGAAGGGAUCAUCCACCUCUUCUACGACGGGGAUGAUGUCGUGAGAGGGGACCCUGAGCUGCAGGCCUGGUGUCGGGAGAUCACUGAGGUGGGGCUGUCUUUGUUCUUUUCUCUAGGUUUCCCUGUCUCCUUCCAGUCUCGGGCUCAGCUCUGUCAUUUCCUUACCAUGUGCAUCUUCACAUGCUCUGCCCAGCAUGCAGCAGUCAACACGGGCCAGUUCGACUGGUUUGCUUGGGUCCCUAAUGCCCCAUGCUCAAUGCGGAUGCCCCCACCCACCACCAAGGAAGAUGUCACAAUGGACACAGUGAUGGGCUCACUGCCUAAUGUCUGGCAAAGCUGUCUUCAAAUGUCCGUCACAUGGCUCCUUGGCCGGCCCCAGCGAGACAUGGUACCACUGGGGCAUCACCAAGAAGAGUAUUUCUCAGGUCCUGAGCCCAAGGCUGUUUUAAGGCAGUUUCAGGCUGAUCUGGACAACCUGGAAAAGGAAAUCGUGGCCCGGAAUGAGCAGCUAGACCUUCCCUAUGAAUACCUGAAGCCCAGCCUCAUAGAGAACAGUAUCACUAUUUGA